UUCCAGAUGGUUAGCUCUGCUCUAACCAACCUAGAUACCACUAUUUCGUCCCCACGGACGUGAUUCUCCGAGCCCCCGGGUCCUAUUCCAAAUAGUCCCAUACGUAGGCUUUACUAGACCCAGUUGGCAGGAGAUUAUCUGUUGUACAGCUACUCUUCUGGCAUCCAAUCAAUUGCAAUUGCGAAAGGGAGACCUCUAGUUCACUCGGAUCCUGCCGAGAGUGAUGUCCCCGACGGCGUGGGCAACGGCCUUGCCGCGAUCGAUCCCCAUCUUCACCAUUGCGACAAGAUGUAGCACCCAAAAUCACCUUUCAACUCGAGUGCUCAUGACCCUUAGGGUCGCGAGGCCCCAAGUCAUACGCUUCAUUGGGAAUUCCACGGCCGCCAAGCGCGCACCUCUGUCAAGUGUGGUCGCCUCAAGUCCGAAGUCAAGCCGAAGCCCGUCCGGGGCCAGCACGUCCACGACCACGACAUUGAGCUCAGCGAGACCAACCCGCGAGUCCCUCUCAUUUGCCGAACGGCUGGCCCGCCUGAAGGAGCCAGCCGUGCUGUACAGAGCACCGCCGCACAGGUUUUACCGCUUCUCUUGCUACAGCAGUGGGCUCUUCUGCAUCAUGUAUGUGGGCUAUCACUAUACGACCAGCGUGUUAUACGCACCGCCGGACGUUACAUGGUGGCUACCGCACGCCUUUGCGGUGAUUGUGGCUGUGAUGGGAGUUCUGGGCGCAUACUUUAUUACAGGUGCUUGGCGUCUGGUGCGCGUCAUCCGUGCGGUUCCUCGCGCAUCCGGGAGUGCCCUCGCUCCGGCAGGCGCCGCAACUAAACCGGCGCCUCAAAUGCGAAGGACGGCAGCACAGAGAGCCGCGGCGGCAGCAGAUGCCGCUGCGACACAUCAGCUGCCUAUACGUCUUGAGGUCACCGCCACGCGGUUACUACCGUUCUUUCCGCCCAAAGUUACCCUGCUUGAACCGGCCGACUUGGUCCUGCCUGCCCAGUAUGUGAUAUUGCGCCAUAUGGGUGAGCACGUCAAGAACCCGGAUCUCGCAAAGAGCAAGUUGGGAGUAAGGGAACAAUUACAGGCGAUUAAGGAUGCCAAGGCCAGAGCUGUCGCCGAGGCAGAGUACGACAAGCGUAAUCUCCUCACGAGCCCCUUUCGGCACAUGGCUCGCGCUUUUGGCACCAUGUUCAGGACCCUACAUAGGUCGUUGACUAGAGCCGGCUUUGUCAACGUAGAGGCUCAAGGCAAGAAGUACAAACUCGAUGUGAUGGAAUCUUGGGCACUGGAGGAUGGAAGGGCCUUAGAUCGCCUGGUCCGGGUGCAGGAGCGGUCGAACCUCAUUACGUCUUUCCCUCAGGAGCGCAAAGCAUGAUGUGAUAAUCGCGUGCUUUGCACACUUGCAAAAGGAGGAUCGACGACUGGUGAUGUAAAAUAAAAUGUACAGUUAUUAUGUUUACUUUUCUAUGUCAAUCUUGUGAGACAAGUAAAGCAGUGUUAUGAAACAUAGACUGUUGUUCGAGGAUACAUAGUUUGCACCAACCAUACUAAAGACCGGGACGUUAUACUCCGUA